AUGGCGACUGCGGGGAAGCCUGGCGCAACGGGCAAGGUAAAGGCUUCCUUGCGAUGCGCCUCACCAGAGCCAGAGGAGGAUGUCUUCGGUAGCUUGCGCCGCAAGCGGCACGCUGCAAGUCGCAGUCGCAGCCGCAGCCGCAGUGUGGAGACGCGGGAAAAGCCCGUGGUGGAGACCAAGGUAGCAGCAAAGCGAAGACAGAAGGAGUUUGCCUGGAUGGAUUCAGAUGAUGAAGGUUCCGACAAUGGGGAGCAAGAAGAAACAGAGACGAAGCAAGACGAAAGGCAAAAGUCACCCAAAGCUGAUCGGCAGAGGGAGCGAGACGACAGCGAAAAUGAAGCAGAACGUCACGCGCCGACACCCACAACUGCAGCCGAAGUUCAGACUUUAGGUCAGAUGAUGCGCUUGAUGGAGUCCUGGCAACGGCAGCGUGGAAAAAUCCUUCGUUUGCCUAUGCCGGAGCUGUCAGAGGUCUGCCAAGCAGCUGCACGGGUGAAAUACUAUGAUGCCGGGAGCUUUGCUGACAUCAUGGCAGCGGUGAAGGUUCACUUGCGCGGGCACAUAUCGCUUCGGCCAGAUGACAUUGCGGGCGUACUCAGCGGCUUGGCAGACGUGAAUGGCUAUGAGAAGGAGCU